AUGCCCCACGGAAUCGGGAUGAAGGACGGCUCAAUGAUUGGGCUUGACGCCUUGAUUCUCGCAACGGGCUUUGACGUCGUCACCGGCAGUGCGUUGCGAUUCAAUUUCCAUGGUAUCGGGAACGCCCAACAACGAAUGGGCCAUCCAGACCCGAACGUUCCUGGCCAGGGAAAUGCCCGACUUUCCCGAUUUCUUCUUCCUGUACGGCCCUCAAAGCCUGGCUGCAUUCGCGAACGGCCCCUUAAUCUCAGAGAUUCAGGCGGAGUGGGUCAUCACAACGAUGCUGCACAUGCACGAGCAGAGGCUGUCAACAGUCGACACAAAGCGUGA